AUUCAUCACCAAUUUCUCUCUCUCUAUCUCUCUCCGAAGUUUGGGCCUUUUUGGAAAGCUAGAGAAAGGAAGCCUUUUUUUUUUUUAAAUAAAAAUAAAAAUAAAAAAUUAAGGCAACGGGAAACAGAGUCGAAGGUCUGCGAACCCUAGAAGAAUAAGGGAGAAGCGUGGCUUGCUGAUACGAAAUGACGCAUUAGACCUCUUUAGUUUUGCUUUUUUAUAUGUUUUCUCUUGUUUGUUGAGCUGCCAGCUGCCCUCUUUGCUCUCUCUCUCGCUCUCGCUCUCGCUCUCGCUCUCGCUAAUUCGCUGGGAAGAAUAUUGCAGUAGAUUGCGAAAGACAUAAUAAGAUUCUGAAGUUUGCUCAGUCUUUAUAAAAUUCUCAUAAAUUAGCUGUCAAGUUCCUGUUGGUUCCUUGAUUCUUCAAUUACAGCAUGGUUGCCACUGCUGCUACUUCGUCGAUCUUUCCAGUUCCGUCACCAUCUGUGGAUGCCAAGUCCACCAGGAUUGGCAGUGGAACUGCAAGUUUGGGAGGAAUCAAGUCAAAAUCUGCUUCUUCUGGGGGCUUGCAGGUCAAGGCAAAUGCCCAAGCCCCUCCGAAGAUAAAUGGAUCCACAGUAGGCUUUACAGCGUCUGUGGAGCAUGUGAAGAAUGAGGAUGACACACCGUCGCCACCUCCUAGGACCUUUAUCAACCAAUUACCUGAUUGGAGCAUGCUUCUUGCUGCUAUUACAACUAUAUUUUUGGCAGCAGAGAAGCAGUGGAUGAUGCUUGACUGGAAACCAAGGCGACCUGACAUGCUUAUUGACCCUUUUGGUCUAGGUAGAAUUGUUCAGGAUGGACUUGUGUUUCGCCAGAACUUCUCCAUCAGAUCUUAUGAAAUUGGCGCUGAUCGUACAGCAUCCAUAGAGACGUUGAUGAAUCAUUUACAAGAAACGGCUCUUAACCAUGUUAAGACUGCCGGACUUCUUGGUGAUGGAUUCGGUUCAACCCCAGAGAUGAGUAAAAGGAACCUGAUAUGGGUGGUCACUCGGAUGCAGGUUCUGGUGGAUCAUUACCCGACGUGGGGUGAUGUUGUUCAAGUAGAUACGUGGGUGAGUGCAUCUGGAAAGAAUGGUAUGCGCCGUGAUUGGCUUGUCCGUGACAGUAAAACUGGUGAAACUCUAACAAGAGCAUCUAGUGUAUGGGUGAUGAUGAAUAAACUGACAAGAAGAUUAUCUAAAAUUCCAGAAGAGGUUCGAGGAGAAAUAGAGCCUUAUUUUUUAAAUUCUGAUCCCGUUGUGGAUGAGGAUAGCAGAAAAUUGCCAAAGCUGGAUGACAACACUGCAGACUAUGUUCGCAAAGGUUUAACUCCUAGAUGGAGUGAUUUAGAUAUCAACCAGCAUGUUAACAAUGUGAAGUACAUUGGCUGGAUACUUGAGGUCAUGAGUUCGAGUCAUGGAAACAGCCUCACUACAAAGCAAGUGCUCCACUGGCAAUUCUGGAAAGUCAUGAACUGUCUGCCAUUACUAUGGAGUACAGGAGGGAGUGUGGAAAGGACAGUGUGCUGCAGUCUCUGACUGCCGUGUCUGGCAAUGGGAUGGGAUAUAUGGGAAAAGCUGGAGAGAUAGAGUGCCAGCACUUACUUCGACUGGAGGAUGGGGCUGAGAUAGUGAGGGGGAGGACUGAGUGGAGGCCCAAGUACGCCAGUAACUUCGGGAUUAUGGGUCAGUUACCUGCUGAAAGUGCUUAGGGACAUCUUCCUCUUCUCUUUGUCGACUGGAAUGGGCAUUAAUCAACUUGUGUGAUAAUGCCUUGUGUAGAAUCGUCCUUUUUUUCAGUUCUUGGAGUUAAAAAUUUGUUUCUUUUUUAUUUUCUUUUUUUUAUAUAUAUAUAUAUAAAUAUAUUUAUUUUUUUCUCUGAUUCCUUGGAAAAGGGGAGGUUGUAUUAUCAUGUAAUUAGUUCUUAUAACUCUCUCUCUCUAUCUCUUUCUCUCUUUCUCUCUCCCCUAAUGUGGUUCUGCUUUUUGAACAUGAGGAUUGAAGAGAUGAAGUUCCACGGGGGGCUUUUUUGAUUUUUAUUUUUUAUUUGCCAACAACAACACCACCUGUUCAACUUGAUCCUUUUGUUUUUUGUUACGGACAUCUUUCUUUAAUCACUUGUGAACUUGGGAGGCAUUAAAUAGCUGGAUUUAUGGUUCCAUUUAUUGGUCA